CCUCCCCCCAGGGGCCCCACAGAUGCUGACCCCCGGAUUCGUGGCCGCCCCGGGUCGCUGCACUCCGGCUCCCUUGGGGCUCAGACAGAGUCUGGAGCGACUGAAGUUGGGCUCCGGGGACGCACAGCCAAUCAGGGAGGGCGACGGAGGGAAGCCGGGGAGGGGUUGGGAGCCCCCUUUUCCUCCUUCGCCCAAAUCCGCUCCAGCUGGCCAGGCUGGGCCCUUGCCCGGGAGGCCUGGAUGGUGCGUUGGAGGAAAGCAUCGCCCAAGCGGGGGAGGCAAUCGGGAAUUGUCUUUCCUCACUCUACCACCCCCUCCUAAAAUCGCUCCACGUCGGCGGCUUCUGCCCUGCGCCUCCCCCAUAUCUCUCAAACUCUGCUUGGGGCGCGGGUAGGGAAACCAGGGGAGGGAGACUUCGGACUUGGGAAGAGCCACGUCUCUCGGUUCUCUCCCAGUACCCCCGCCCCCGCCGCGCUUCGUUUGCAGAGGGGGGCGCGGGGAACGCUGAGCUAGAGUCGGCCUCGCGCCCGCCACCGCCCCCCUAGAGGGUGCCUGGGCCCCCGCCACAGGCAGGUACCAGCGGCCCCCGCAGUCAGCGUCACUUGUUGCCUCAGGCCCCAUCGCCGCACACCCACGAAGGCUCUGCGGGGAGUGCGGCUCCGCGGGAGAGGGCCUAAGGUGCAGGGCCCGCGUCCUCCCGCGGGCCCUCCCUCUGUUCUCCCUUUUAUUCCUUGGGGGGGGGGACCCCAGCCGCUUCCUGCCGUCGCGGAGUCGCGGGAAGAGAAGGCAGCCAGGGUCGGGGUCUAGGGAUCACGCCAGGGACUGGGCGGGGCGCUCAUGGUACCCCGAACGUGGUUGGCACCCCCACACUCCGAGGGCCCCGGGGUCGAGGGAAACAACUGUGACCUGGUGGACACCCCUGGCUGGAACAAGUUUCCAAGGUGGGGAGUGGCGGAAAAAGAAGACGCAGAGAGACGGCGAAGCAGCAAAGGGAUAACGGGGGAAAAGAAUCUCCAGGAGGGACGGGGAUUAGGAUGGGCAAGAAGGGGAGCGGUGAUGGGCCCGCGGAAGAGAUGGGUAAGGACCGAGGAGUCAACGGAAAACGAGGGCGAGUAAAGGAAGAGAAAGCCUCGGACGGGGCGCGAAAGCAGAAGGAACCGGCCCUCAGGCUCCUGGUCCCCCACGGUCCCCUCCUCGACCCAGCUCCCGGGCGGCGAGCGCGCGAGGCUCCACGAUUUUACGCGGCGCCCUGCAGCGUGCGCGGGGGCGGCGGGCGGGGCGGGCUCUCCGGGCACGCCGCCCCUCCCCCUUGGCGCGCCCGCCGACGUCUCGGCCUCCGGGAUCCCCCCCACCCACGCCUCGGCUCGCAGCGCGCGCCCCGGGCCCUCCGUGUGGCCGUGGCCUUCAAUCUGCCCGUUCCUCGGCUGGGGGAGGGGGCGCCAGGUUUGCGCUGCCGGGUUCCUUCGCUUCUCCGCUCCCUACCCCCCACGUCCCAAAGGCCGCGAGGCGACAGUUCUCCCGGCACUGGAUACGGCCCACCCCCGCCUCACUCCCGCCAGGUGCGAGCGACUGGCGAGGCCACCGAGGCUCAGAGCUUCUCCGCAGCGCGCGGGGUACAAGCUUCAGGAGGACGAAGGAUAUCACCUCUCUUGUUCAUUCCUGUAUCUUCAGCAUCUAAUACAGUGCCAGGCAUAUGAACAGUGUGACCCCGUCCAGCAGUGAAUCAUGGCCAACUGAAUGUCAAACAACUCCAUCCUGUCUCUUGAAAAGGAGCUAAGCAUGCGGUGGGUGGAGAGGGCAAGGGCAUAGAGGGUAAGAGCUUUGGUCUGUCUGUUUCUCCCAUCACUUGUGUGAAAUGCUAAAAUAUGAGGUGAAGGGCACAUGUGUAACACCCCCUCCUCAACCAAGCAGGGAAGACUGAAAUGGAUAAGCAUAAGUGCAACUUGAAAUGUUCUGUAGUGAAGGGAUAGAAAAGGGCUGCGUUUCUAUCAGCUCAAUCGCAGACACUGUAAACAACAUGAAGAAUGAGGCAAAGAAAUAGGAAACCUCAGGAAUCAACCACCUCUUUGGGAGAUGGCUUCAUGCGCUGCAGUUUCACAUCCCUGCUCAUGUGUAGGAAUCCCUUUUCAGACAGCAGUCCUCAAAGACAUAUUCCAUGUUCACUUCUCAAAAAUUAAAAUUUGGUCAGGCUUGCCUGAGCACCUAUUAUAUACAGAACUAUGGAAGUAGAGUGGGAAAGGUGAAACUGCCGCUGAUGUAACCCUGAGCUACAGAGGACAGAGAAAGAGUUUUGUAGCCAGACACCUGGGAGAUGGUUUUUCUCCUCUCUGGUACUUGCAAGCUGAGUGUUCCUCGACAAGUUACUUCCCGUCUCUGAGCAUCAGUUUCUUCACCUGCAAAUUGGGGUUGUCAAAACCUACUUCUCAGGGCCAUUGAUAUAAUUUCAUAUAAUCACCUGGCACACACAAGUCACUAAGCAAAUGUUAGUUUACUCUUCCUGCUCUACCCACAGGAUAAGCCUGAUACUGGACACCAUCCUUAGAGAAAUAUGAAAUAGGAAAUGUGAGGAUAAUAAAUCCCAACAUCUGCCUGCUGGACCUUUUAUCUGUACUUGGAGACAGGGUGUUUAUUGAGGCAAGGUAGAUUUGCAAUGAUACAUUAUUAAUAGCUUGUGAUACGUUCUGGGUGAUGGAUAUCUUCCCCCCAGACAUACAGCAACAGCUGCAUUCUCUCUUGGGAAAAACAAUAGCAUCAAGCCGGAGCAGAUAGCUUCCAGGGAGAAAAAGAACAAAAAACCUCCAGACUCAAAUUAUAGUACUUUUUGUUUUACUUCGGAUUAGUAGAAGGGUUUUCCUCACCUCCCACCUCCCCAAUAUCAUGAAUCUUUUGCUUGGAAUUCACAACACUUCUGUUUAGAAGUUCUUCUUGGUAUAGACACGACGUUGACAGGAUUUACAAAAGAUCUCCCUCUUUUUGGUUGUUCUAUGAUAAAGCUUAAAGACCCACAGUACAUCACUCUACUGUCUUCUCUGUUCUCUGUGUAAUGUGGUAAGAUAUUUGUCCUGAGUAGAGAAUGACUAUCUCUGCAGCCUUCCAGGUAGAAGUGAUGCCGGAAGAUAAAGAUGUGGAGGUAUGCUGUAGAAUCAGAACAUUUUAAAGUUGGCUAAGAGAUUGCAGAGAUCCUUGAUUCCCCCGGCCCCUAUUUUAUAGAUGGGACAAAGAUCAGGUGUCAUGGUCAAAGUCACACAGAAAAUCAGUCGAAGAAGGGAGAAGAGCAUUUCUGACAUCACGCAGUCAUAUUUAUUUGGGCAUGACUAUCAAUUAAUCUUUUUUAUGAAUAUGCAAAUUUUGUAUGAUCUUGAGGGUGUAAGCAAGGACACAUUGCUUUUCCACUCAAUUGCUCUCUGAUCUGUGCAGCAUCCAGGGCAGACAGGAUGCCUUUCACUUGUUCACGUUGGGACAGACUAAUGUAACACUAUACUUGGAGCCCUGCUGGCUAUGCUCUUGCCGACAUCUUGGGGAAUAUACUUAACCUCUUUAAGCUUUGGUUUCUUCACAGGUAAAGCACUUAAUCAUAAUAGUUUUCCCCAACCUAAGAGUUAAUUUCACUUCUGA